CCGUACCCCGUAACCGCCCCUCUCUUCCUCGAUUCCCGUCUCCUCCUCCGUUACGGAGCUAAAUCUCCUCUCUCUCCUGCCCUCUCUUCUCCAAGCCGGGGCAGCUGCGGAUCUUUUGUGGGAAAAUGGGUUCGCGCCAAGGCAGCCGAUUCUUUGGAUCCCCAUCGGGCUGAGGAUUCCACAGCCCCUGAGACCCAGGAGGUCAACCGAAGGACAGUUGAUAUCUUGAACAUUCUAAGAGGAGCAAAUUCUGUUAUACCUCAUGUAGUUCUUGCAAGCACAGUGUUGGCUCUUGUUUACCCACCUUCCUUCACAUGGUUCACAAACAGAUACUAUGCUCCUGCUCUGGGUUUCUUAAUGUUUUCUGUUGGUGUCAACUCAAGUCCCAAGGAUUUUAUACAAGCAAUCAACAGACCAGGAGUAAUUGCUGCUGGCUAUGUUGGUCAAUUUGUUAUUAAGCCAAUUUUUGGGUACCUUUUUGGUGCCAUUUCAGUUUCAGUUUUUGGUCUCCCUACAGCUUUAGGUGCUGGGAUAAUGCUACUUUCGUGUGUCAGCGGGGCACAGCUUUCAAACUAUGCAACUUUUCUUACAGAUCCAUUGAUGGCCCCUCUAAGCAUUGUCAUGACUUCUUUGUCCACUGCAACAGCUGCAUUUGUCACUCCCAUAUUAUCUCUGCUUCUUAUUGGCAAGAAGUUGCCUGUGGAUGUGAAAGGAAUGAUGUCUAGUAUUAUUCAAAUUGUUGUUGCACCUAUUGCAGCUGGAUUGCUUUUGAACAGACUUCUACCAAAGGUUUGUGCAGCUAUUCAGCCAUUUCUGCCGCCACUCUCAGUGUUUGUGACAGCUUUGUGUGUUGGUGCACCACUGGCAAUAAAUAUUGAUGCGAUAGUUUCCCCCUAUGGGAUACUCCUAGUGCUGCUGAUUUUUGGAUUUCAUGCAUCGUCAUUUCUAGCUGGAUAUGGUCUUACUGGUGUUGCAUUUAAUAAGGCCGAUGAUGUCAAAGCACUACAAAGAACAAUUUCUUUUGAAACGGGAAUGCAAAGCAGUCUUCUAGCUCUUGCACUUGCAAAUAGAUUUUUCCAAGACCCACUUGUUGGUGUGCCUCCAGCAAUCUCUGUUGUGCUCAUGUCCCUGAUGGGGUUCUCUCUUGUUAUGCUUUGGUCAAAGAAGCGGCAGUAGCAGAGUGCAGGUUAAAGAUCCGAGCGCUUGUAAAUUAUAGCUUUAAAAGAUCUUCCCCUGUCAUUGGCAGUUGUCACAGAGAGCUCAAUGAAAAUUCUCCGGAGACUGAUUAAUUGUCAAACAAUUUAUUCGAAUUGCGUCCAAAAAGGGGGGGGGGAAUCAUGUAUUGUCCAUUAGACUCUUGAAAUCAUCAUGUGAGAAGAAAUUGAGUGUGUGAGCUUGCCUAUUCUGAGCUUCAUUUCAGUAAUAUAAUUUUGACCGUAGUUUGAUUUUC